AUGCAUCUCCCCACCGUUCUCUCCGUCAUCUUCGCUGCGGCCGGCGUUACCGCCCAGCUCAACGACCUCGCCGUCGCUGCCGGUCUCAAGUACUUCGGUACUGCUGGCCAGGAAGGCACCAUCACCUCGGAUACCAGAUACCGUAACAUCAUCAACAACAAGCACGAGUUCGGUCAGCUCACUCCCGAGAACGGCAUGAAGUGGGAUGCCACCGAGGGCCGCCCCGGAGCGUUCACCUUCCAGUCGGGAGAUAUUGUUGCUGGAGUGGCGAAGACCAAUGGACAGCUCUUGAGGUGCCACACGCUGGUUUGGUACAGCCAGUUGCCUUCUUGGGUCUCUGGCCAGUCCUGGACCCGUCCCGCCCUUCAGUCCGUUAUCGAGUCGCACAUUAGCAAUGUCAUGGGCCACUACAAGGGCCAGUGCUACGCCUGGGAUGUCGUGAACGAGGCUAUCUCCGAUGAUCCAAAUGGCAACUACCGCGAUUCGGUGUUCUUCAAAACCUUCAACACGGAUUACUUCCCCAUUGCCUUCAAGGCUGCGAAGGCCGCUGAUCCCAACGCCAAGCUCUACUACAACGACUACAACCUCGAGUACAACGGCGCCAAGACCAAAAGGGCCCUCGAGCUCGUCAAGCUCAUCAAAGCCGCCGGCGCCCCCAUUGACGGUGUCGGUUUCCAGGCCCAUAUGCAGGUCGGCGGCACGCCCUCGCGCGCCGCCAUGGCCAACCUCCUCAAGAGCUUCACCGCUCUCGGCGUCGAAGUCGCCUACACCGAGCUCGACAUCGCGCACAAGUCGGUCCCCGCCUCCCCCUCCGCCCUCGCCCAACAGGGUAAUGACUAUGCCAACAUGGUCGGCUCCUGCCUGGACGUCCCCGGCUGCGUCGGCGUCACCAUCUGGGGCUACGUCGACAAAUACAACUGGAUCAAGAACGGCGAUGCUGCACUCUAUGACAGCAACUUCAACAAGAAGGCCGCAUGGACCAGUGUUAGCUCCGUGCUGGCCGCUAAGGCGACGAACCCCCCCAGCGCUCCUAAGGCGACGAACCCCCCUACUAAGGCGGCGAACCCCGCUCCUGCUGUGCCGACUACCCUCAGGACCAGCAAGGUCGCUAACGACCCUGCAUGUGACGCGCCCACCACUACCGCCAAGGCCGCAGUGCCGGCGCCUACCAAGGCGGCGAGCGGUGCUGGUGCGCAGCAGUCUGUCUCGCGUUGGGGACAGUGUGGUGGUAAUGGCUAUUCGGGCCCGACUGCUUGCCAGGCCCCGUAUACUUGCAAGGUGCAGAACCCUUGGUAUAGCCAGUGCUUGUAA